GGACCCGAAAAAGGGGUAAAGAGUCAUCUAGUGGUGGUAGUGGUAGUAGUAGUAGUGGUGAUGAAGAUGGAAGCUUUUGCUUGAGUUGGAGACUGGCUGUGGAGGCAAACAAUGUGGUUGCGUGGCCAACGGUUCCACCUCAGUGUUCAAGAUAUGUUGAGACUUACUUGAUCAAUGGACAGUACGAGAGGGACUUGGACUUGAUAGUGGAAGAAAUCUUGGGUUAUGUCAACCAAACAUUUCUAGUUGGGGAUGACAUGGAUGCUUGGAUUUUGGAUGUUGAUGACACUUGCAUCUCCAACAUUUAUUAUUACAAAGGCAAGAAAUAUGGGUGUGAUCCAUAUGAUCCAUCUGCCUUUAGGACGUGGGCCAUGAAAGGAGGGUGCCCUGCAAUUCCUUCCGUACUAAGGCUGUUUAACAUAUUAGUAGAUAAAGGAUUUAAAGUAUUUUUAGUGACUGGAAGAGAUGAAGAGACUCUUGGUCAAGUUACCAAGAACAACUUGCACAAUCAAGGAUUCAUUGGCUAUGAAAGCCUUAUUUUGAGGAGUGCAGCAUAUAAAGGGAAAAGUGCAAUGAAAUACAAAUCUGAUGUAAGAAAGCAGUUACAAGACCAAGGUUACAGGAUAUGGGGGAAUGUGGGAGAUCAAUGGAGUGAUAUUCGUGGAGACUAUUUGGGGAAUCGCACUUUCAAGUUGCCUAAUCCUAUGUACUUUGUUCCCUAAUCUUAUCAUUUGAAUGUGUUAUUAUGAACUUAUGGUAAAUAAAAAUGUAUUUGGUUGUCACCAAUAAUUUACUUUGUGGAUGAAUGGAUGCAAUUGAAAUGUUAAUUAUUUA